UUAAAACUAUCAAUAACUUAUUAAAAAUUAGUUAAUUUUAAUUAAUUGGAUUUGUGUCAAUAUUGUUUUAAUGAAUUUCAAUCAUUUCAAUAGCAUCUUACCAUGAUAAGUGUGAGACUAAUGAAGAGUGUCAAGCAACUGACAGAAACAUGAUUUGUCGUCAUGGCUUGUGUGAUUGUAGUAUAAAUUAUAAAUAUAUAAAGCCAACUGAACAGGAAAGAGGGAAAUGUUACAGAAAAGCAUCAAGAAUGUAUGAUUCUUGCGAGCAAGAUGAACAGUGUUUUGGUGUCAGCAAUAAAGCAGUGUGUUCUCGUAAUAAUAAUUUGUGUGUUUGUCGUCUUGGUUACUAUAAUUUAAAUGAAGAAUGCAUUAGGCAAGAGGAAUUUGAACGUAGUAAAGCUCAGCAAGUAUAUCGUACAGCUAUGAUAGCAGCUGCUUGUUUUAUGAUUGGAAUAGUGAGCAUCUUUGUUGUAUGUAUUGUAAAAAAAUCAUUCUGUGGAGAUGAUAACAGAUCCACUCUUCCUGGAGGUCAACUUAGAUCAAAUAGUCAGUUGCAAAGGAUGACAUCUCUUACAGAAGAUGGAAUAAUUGUUGUUGACAAACCUCCAUCAUAUGAAGAAAUUAUCUUAGCAGAAAUUCCAACCACACCACCUCCAAAAUAUACGGACAUAUCAAAAUUAUUUCCAAUCACAGAAGGAUUACAGAGGCAUAGUUCUGAACCUCAUCUGAAUAUACCUUAUUUAGAGAGUGGCCACAAUCGUAGCAAUUCAUUUCAUGCUUAUGAUAAUUUAGCUGCGAGUAAUGAUGCAAAUAACAUUGAAAUUGCCUCCACUCCUCCACCAAAAUACGAAGAAUGUCCAAGUUCUAAACCUAGGCCUAAUCUUCACUUAAACAUUCCAUCCAUUACUAUUUCAGUCGAUAGUCCCACUGAUGAAACUACUGUGCAGCAUCAAACGUAAACAAACUCUGAAAAUAAUUGAAAUAAUCAAAAAGUAUACAAAAUAUCAUAAAAGUACUUACUUGAUACAAAUUUUGUUAUUUUUUGUACCAAUGAUUAUAUUUGUAAAUU